AUGGUGAGCGGAGACCUAAAUGUUGUGUUAUAUGUAUUGAACCUUGUAGAAAAAUUGAAUGGCAUCUAUGGUGAUUUGUCUCUAUCUCUUCCUCAUCCUUCAGGUACAACCACACAUCCUUUCAGGCCUGGAGACAAAGUCUUGGUGAAGACCUUCUUCAAAUCCGGAACCUCUGAUCCACCAUACAGCCCUCUGACAACCGUUGUUGCCAUCACCAGAAGAGCCGUUCUGACCGAGGAGAACCAGAAGUGGAUUCAUGCAAGCAGAUUAAAAAGAUGUCCCAUCAAGCAGUCUGGAUAUUCCAAGCAAAGAACGUUCAACCUCAGACUGAUCCAGAAUGAACAAUAG